GUUUUCUUUCUUUGAUGUAUUUGAUAACCUUUUCAAUAUGGAGCAAAUAAAUUCGUCAGCCAUUAAAGAAAAGCUAGAAGUAAGCAAUUAUGUGAAUUCUGUUGUUGCUGAUGGAUCUACCGUUAAUGAGGAAAAGUUAACUGCAGAAGUUAGUGAUUGUGGCCCAACCGGGCAAGAACUGGGUAUUUGCAACCACCCUGCUGAAUUUGCAGAAAGCGGUGAACUUGAUAAAGAUUCCAGAAGUUCUUAUGAGGAACUUGGUGAAGCUAGUUACGCUUAUCUUAAUAAUCAAACUGUCUCUAUGAUCUUCACAGAGGAGAAAGAUGAUACGAGGCACCUUGAAAUAUCCGAGCAAGCUGAUGAACCGCACAACAGAAGUUCAGAAUUAGGAAGUCAGGAAAAUGUAUUAGUGUGUGCUAGGGACGAGUCUGAAAUUAGUGAAAUGGUGAACAUGCUCGAUUCUACUACCAGGGAAUUGAGUAAUAUGCCAGAAUAUAUUUCAUCCCAAACUUCUGAUCACAACAAUGGAGGGAAGUGUAAAGAAAAUAAUCUUAGUUCAUCCAGCAUCACUUUAAUGACAAGUGAAGGUCAGGAGUUUAAAUCAGUAAUCAUUGGAGGGAGAGAAGUGGAGGAAACAGUAUUUGAAGAUAUUAAGGAAAAUGAGUCUAAAAGAACUUCAAGCACGGGUGAAAGAACUUCAAGCACGGGUGAUGCACAUAAAACUCUAGACGUGGAGGGAGAACCGGACUUGCAGAAUAUCAGUUCUGAAAGAACACCAGUCAUCUCAGAAGAUGACAUCGACAGAGAUGGAAUUGCGUGCCCUUUGAUUGUUCAAAAAUGUAAGUCAUCUACAACAUGUCCAAAACUUUCCACAAUGGACAUUGUAUCCUUUUCUGAGGUCUGAAAUUAAAAAGAA